UUCACGUGCAACUUGUGCGCACACGCCGGUCCGCGCGAGCUUUGGAGAUUCACCACUAUCUGCUGGAUCUUGCUGGGAAAUGUAAUAUCCUGGUUAUAACAAAGACUCCGUCUUCGACUCGGUAUCAGCUGGAAGUGAUGCUCCAGAAGCGGGACGCACCGUGGCUCCACCGCGAGCGCAGUUAAGGUGGUGGUUCGGCGGUUCACGCGCGCCGGUACCGUAUGCACGCGCGGAUGGGCGCCGCAAUGCUGGAGCGCAACGCGUCUCGGGAGCGGAUGGACUUGAGCUCCAACACCUCGGCUCACAUGGGCAGAGAGCCGGGAUUCGGCGCGCCGGUGCUGGUGCUGCUGGCCGCCGUCAUGCUGCUGCUCAUCGGCGUGAUCGUGCUGGGAAACGCGCUCGUUAUCCUCGCCUUCAAAACGGACCGGAGCCUGAGGAGGCAGAGCAACUACUUCCUUCUCAACCUGGCCAUCUCAGACUUCCUAGUGGGGGCCUUUUGUAUUCCAGUGUAUUUGCCCUACAUCUUGACAGGCAAAUGGAUGCUGGGCCGAGGGCUGUGUAAGCUCUGGUUGGUGAUGGACUACCUCCUCUGCACCGCUUCCGUCUUCAACAUCGUCCUCAUCAGCUACGACCGUUUCCUCUCUGUCACUAGAGCGGUGUCAUACCGGGCGAGGCAAGGGAUGACCCGCAGCGCCCUUGCCAAGAUGGCUGCCGUAUGGGUUCUGGCUUUCCUCCUGUAUGGCCCGGCCAUCUUGCUGUGGGAGGAGGUGACGGGAGAGAGCCACGUCCCUGAAGACGAGUGCUUUGCUGAGUUUUUCCACACUUGGUACUUCUUGCUAUCUGCCUCCACACUCGAGUUCUUUUUCCCCUUCCUGUCUGUGGCUUUCUUCAACCUCAGCAUAUACCGCAGCAUCCGCGAGAGGAGGCUCCGCUACCAGCAGGAAUCAUGCUUACCCAAGAUCCGUAGUAUGACAUCUCCCAAGCGCGAGAGGCUUCGCUUGGUCUCCUACAUCUGCCGCGGGUCUCUCGUGACGAAGAAGAAAAAGCCGGAAACAGAAGGUGAUAAUUGUUCAUCUCCCACAGGACGCACUGACAUACGGAGUAUACGAAGCACUCAGUGUACGCGCCUGAUUCAUGACAAGAAGAUCGCAAAGUCGUUAGCCGUGAUUGUGUGCGUGUUUGCUGUGUGCUGGGCGCCGUACACACUGCUGAUGAUCAUACGCGCUGCCUGCAGGGGUGACUGUGUAUCACACCACUGGUACGAAGUGACAUUCUGGCUGCUGUGGCUCAACUCUGCCAUCAACCCGUUCCUGUAUCCUCUGUGCCACAGCAGCUUCCGCAGGGCUUUCACAAAGAUCCUGUGCCCCAAGCAGCGGCCCACUGAAGCACCAUCAGAUAAUGCGUCUAACAACCAGAGAUAGUCCAGCUCACCCCAAUAGUUUUGGACAGACCAUGCAUUAUUUCAUCUUUAGUGACUUGUCAGGGUUUGUGGUGGAUUCACACCUAGUGACAGUAAAUCCACCUCCUGGCAUGUUUCUACUAGGCGAGAGGAAACUAGGCAACUCAGAUGAAACCCACACAGAGCACCCAAGCCCUGAACCUUUAAAGGACUAACUCUACCUGUUCCUGCACAGUACAGCAAACCCCUUUCUUUAAACCCAAGAACGCCAAAUGAGUUAGAAAAGGAGCCAGAUAUAACUCUUACAGAAUAUAAAAUCAUGGACAUCUAUACAUUUUACCGGCUUUAUAACCAUGAACAGUUUCUACUCUUAGUGGAUUUCUAAUGACAAUCUGCUACAAAUUUGAAAGACUUAAAAAUUAAAGUCUGCCUACUAAAACAUUUAGAGGACUUAAAAUUCCAAUCAUCUAGAUUCAUACAGGGUUUCAAUCUACAUUUCUUACAGGCUAAUGAACUAAUAAUCUAAACUAUUUAACUCAUGUAUAUACUGUAUGUAUAAACAUUACAAAAUGGAAUUACCAAAUGCUUGUCUACUAGUGUAGCCUUGCUUUUACAGAUGUAGUGUCUGAGGUUAAUCUGUAACACAUAUUGUAUUAUUCUGAUCUCACUAGUCAGGUGACGCUAAAUUCCCAGAAUUCAGUUCUCCACUGUGGGUUGCUUUGGCCCUCAUAAAACGAGUCCUGGAAGACACGUCUCACUGCAACUAAACUUUAUUCAUGUACUUUAGUAGUAAACCAUUGCCCAUCAUCAACAUGACACUCAUUCUCUUUUACAAGGGCACUUGGUGUUCUCCAAAAAAAAAACAAGCAAUUAUUAUAUUAUUAGUUAUGUCGCUGUUCCAAAGUAAUAAGUAUGGUGGCCUGCAAGUGCAAAACACAUUAACAAACCAAAAAUGCAAUGGAAAAUUUAGAAACACAUCAGCAUUAACUCAUAACAGAAAGAGUAGGCUCUUAUUCACAUGCUCUUUGCUGACUGGAUAUGUCAUAUGACUAUCACAAGGAAAAAGAAUGACCCUUUGUUCAAUUUGCAAAGUUGCUAUAUAUUAACUUACAUUAAUGCUGUACAAAUUUGACAGCAUAUCUAAAAUAACAUCAUAUGAAUGCCCUUGAUAAACAAAAAAUAAGCAUGAAUUCCUGUUGUGUUUCUGAAUUUAAUAAUGUUUUUAUGUUUGUUGUUGUGUUGUCUCAUUGGUUGUUGUGUUUUUGAUUUGCUGUUGUGUGUUUUUGUUUGUUGUGUUUUCUGAUUUCUUCUUUUUUUGAUUUGCUUUUGUGUUGUGUUUUUGAUUUGCUGUUGUGUGUUUUUGUUUGUUGUGUUUUCUGAGUUCUUCUUUUUUUAUUUGCUUUUGUGUUGUUGCAUUCUAUGAUUUACUGUUGUGUUUUCAGGUUCGUUGUUGUGUUUUCUGAUUUGGUUUUGUGUGUUUGGGUUUGUUGUGUUUUCUAAUUUGCUGCUGUGUGUUUGGGUUUAUUGUGUUUUCUGAUUUGCUGCUGUGUGUUUGGGUUCGUUGUGUUUUCUGAUUUGCUGCUGUGUGUUUGGGUUCAUUGUGUUUUCUGAUUUGCUGCUGUGUGUUUGGGUUUAUUGUGUUUUCUGAUUUGCUGCUGUGUGUUUGGGUUUGUUGUGUUUUCUGAUUUGCUGCUAUGUGUUUGGGUUUGUUGUGUUUUCUGAUUUGCUGCUGUGUAUCUGACUUACUGUUAUGUAUUUUUGUUUGCUGCAUUUUCUGAUUUGCUGUUGUUUUUUGGGUUUGUUGCUGUGUUUCAGGGUUCACUGUUGCAUUUCUGAUUCGCUGUUGUGUAGAUUUGCAUGUUGUGUUUUUAGUUUUGUUGUUAUGUCUUCCCAGUUGGUGUUGCUUUUUUUUGUUUGUUUGUUUGUUUGUUUUUGGUUUGUUAAUGUUUUUUGCACUUAUGGACCACUGUAAAAUAAGAGUUUCUAUGAAAAACAUAAAGCAGGCCCAGCAUAAAAUAAUGCAUAAGUUACACAGAUGUACUGGAUAUUCACUCUCUGUAAAGUAUUUUUGGAAGAAGAGUCCUAAAUGUUCUUAACCAUAUUCUGUGUUUAUAACUCCACCUUGUGGUAUUGUAAUGUUCAUGUACUGUACUGACUCUACUUAUGCUGAAUAUAUGUCUGGAUGUUCUUCUGCUAUGUAAACUCUGUUAUGCAGUAUUAUUGUGGAAUCAGUGUAUUUACUGAAUUAUUUGUGCUAUAAAGUUUUGUGCAUUACAUUUCA